AUGAAAAAAUUCAAUAAGGAAAUUAGACUAAUUUACAGAACGUUGGACGAUAAAUUUUUUGUCAUCAACAAGCCUGUAAACUGGACUUUAACAAGAAAAAAAAAAAGCAAAAAAGCGCAACUUCAGUCGGAAGUGCAGUCGGAAGUACAGUCGGAAGUACAGUCGGAAGUACAAUCGGAAGUACAGUCGGAAGUACAUUCGGAAGUAUACCCAAAAGCUCAGUUCCAACAAAUAAAACCCACAAAACGAGACCAAUUUUUAGGCAAAAAUGGUUACAUUAACAUACAUGUGCUUAACGCAUUAAAAAAUUUAAGUAAAGCUGAAAAAAAUGCAUUUCUGUUUACGAACAAUCCAUUAUAUUUAUACAAUGACAUAAAAUUCAACUUGAAUGAAAACUUUCGCAGCAAGGGAGAACCUUACAACACAUUACUAGAAAAAUAUUACAUUGACUCUGUGUUACAAUAUGGUAUCAAUUCUGAUAUAUAUUAUUUCCCCUAUAAGUUACCCAUAUAUAUGAGUGGAUUAGUAAUAUGUUGUCGAGAUUAUUAUAUUUAUAAAAAAUUUAUUGAAAUGAUUAAUGAAAAUAAAUUAAUACGGAAAUAUAGAUGUUUAAUAAAUGAUCCAUUCGUUUUUGUUAAAAAUAAACAAAUAUCUUUUUUUCCAGAAGUUAUACACAAUUGUGCAGGUAAUAGAAGCCUACACAAGGGUGAAUAUGCUCAGAAUACGGUUGAUGAUGUAAAAAGAAAUAAAGAAGAAAACGUAAAUCGAAAAAAGGAAUUGUUAUUAGACAUCAGUUCGUUGGAAGCACAAAAAGAGGCAAGUGGAAUUUUCCCUUUUUAUAACUUUUUUGAUGAUAAUACAUAUUCCACAUGUUAUUAUGAUCAUUUAAUUGAUCAUAAAAUUGAGAAAUUAAAAAAUAAGAUGAAUCCUCAGAUGAUGCAACAAGGAAAGAAAGAAAAAUACAACUCCGGUCAAAUGUUCAGACGGAGUAAACAAUUUAGUAACAACCACAGCAAUAAUAACGAUUGCCAUUAUAUAUCGGCAUUUUUAAAAAAAGGCCCCCCUAUAAAAAGUCUUAACUGCUUUUUUACCUCCCUUCUCAAAAAUGAUAGUAUCUCAAGUCCUGCUGGAGGAGUUAAUAGCGAUAAUGGUAACUAUGAUAAAGAUAGCUAUGAUAAAGAUAGCUAUGAUAAAGAUAGGAAUGAUAAAGAUAGGUAUGGUUAUGGUGCAUACGACAAUAGUAACUACGAUAACGGUAACUGUGUUAAUAGGGGAUAUGAUAAGAUUAGGGGGAUCUACUUAAGCAGCGUUCCAGGUGUACAGCUGCCCGAACGGGGAAAAAUUCCUCAUAAUACGAAAGAGUGCAAUGAUAGUUGCCUCUCAGCUGAUAUAAGAAAAAAUAAAUCGAACAUUCUGAACAACAUUAACGAUUUAAAUUUUCCUAAUUUAUACAUGUCAAAGGACGGAAGAAUAAAUUUUCCAUUAUCUCUUUUUUUUAAUGAAGGCAAUUUUUUUACCUUUGAUAAAGAAAUGACAGAAGAUUCUAUACCCAUUUCAUUAAUUUAUAAGAUGGAAAAUUAUAAAACUUAUAUAGAAAAGAGGAAAGAUUUAUUAUUAAAAAAGGGAGAUGACUUAAGUUUAUAUCUUCAAAAAUUUGCUGAUAUUUAUUUGAUUGAUUUUGUUCUUUUAGAUAACCCUAGGCCCGAUUUGAUUAGGCACCUAUUUAGCGAAUUAAAAACACCAAUAAUAAACGAUAACAUAUUUGAUAGGACGACCUUUAAGAGAGAUAUAAUUAACGAGCAUAUCUUAAGAGUGGAACGAAUGGCAAAAGGAAAGGACAACUGUUCUUCUCUGUAUACAUCCUUAUCUCCUCUUACCACUUCCUUCAGCAUUUUUGACGACAGAUAUGCCGAAUGCACUAAUGAAAAGAGCACAAAUAAAUGGGCAAUAAAUGGAGAUAAUAAAUAUAAGGAACAUAUCCUAAGUACAUGUGAAUCCCCCAUGGAUGCUUUCACUAUACCGAAUGAAGAUUUGUCAUACUUGGUAAACAGCACAGCGAACAGCACAGCAAACAGCACAGCAAAACCGAACAAAAUUAAUAGCUAUUUUAUACAUGAAAAAAGCGACCAGGCGGGUGAGCAACAAAAAUACGAUACACACAAUUACGAAACGCACAGUUAUGACGAACGCAAUUUCGAAAAGAAGAAAACUGGAAAUAACUGUACGAACCUAUGCUUAGAAUUGUAUCAGCUAGAAUUUUUUGACCCAGUCAGUAACGAUCCUGUAAAAAUUGAAAAUUCUUUGCCCAGCUCAUGGCUGUAA